UAUGUUUCAAGUUUUGAACGAAGUUCCUGCAGAUUUCCGAAGUCCAAACCCAAGUCUGAACGUAUUUAAGUUUGCUGAUUUAGAAAAAGCUACAAGAAAGUUUAGUCUAGAUUCGCUAUUGGGCGAGGGAGGAUUUGGAAAGGUGUUCUUAUGUUGGGUUGAGCCGAACACAUUAGCCCCCACAAAACAAGGUGUUGGAGUUGCAGUUGCUGUCAAAAGGCUCAAUCACGAAUCCCUUCAAGGAUAUGUUGAAUGGAUGGCAGAGGUGAACUUUUUAGGAUAUAUGGCUCAUCCUAAUAUCAUUAAACUCUUGGGAUACUGCAUGGAUGAACCUGAGCGCUUGCUUGUUUACGAGUACAUGCCAAAUAAAAGUUUGGAUCGCUUUUUAUUCACAGAUACCCCUAAUAUUGCGGUGCCACUGUCUUGGCGAACACGACUUUUGAUAAUGAUAGGAGUUGCCCGUGGGUUGACAUAUUUGCAUUCUGCAAAUGUCACAUAUCGUGAUGUAAAAUCCGCUAAUAUAUUACUGGAUGGAGAUUUUAAUGCAAAACUAGCUGAUUUUGGACAUGCUAGACGUGGUCCUGAAACCGAGGGAACUCAUGUUAGUACAUGUGUGGUGGGAACCUAUGGUUAUGCAGCCCCGGAGUAUGUCCAGACUGGUCGUUUGAAUAUAAAGAGCGACGUUUAUGGUUUCGGAGUGGUUAUGUUGGAAAGUAUAACAGGCCAAAGGGCAAUAGAUCGUAAUAAUCAGCAUCAGAACUUGGUGGAAUGUGUUACUCAGAUCAAAUCAGAUAAAAGAAAGCUAAAGAAAAUAAUGGAUCCACGUCUUGAAGACAAGUACCCCUUAAAAGGUACCUCUGAAUGCUUUGAACUUGCAUUAAGAUGCGUUGUACACAACCCCAAGGAAAGGCCUUCAAGUGAACAAGUUUUACAGAGUUUGGAACAAAUACAUGGCCUUUACAAGUAACCUUGAACUUAUUGUUAAGCGCUGUGUACUGGUAUGAGCAGUGGCGGAGCAAGGAUUUUUUUUUUUUUUUUUUCAAUAGGGUCAUCUUUCUUCGGUGUUCAAAUUUUCAUAACAGAAAGUUAGAAUUUUCGGGUCAGUGCGGGGCGACCAAGUAGUUCUUGAACCCAUAUACCAUCAAAAGUGCCUUAAUGAUUCAAGUAAGUUGGAUUUUUAAAAUUUAUUUUUCAUAACUUUGUUGUUGAUGGUGUUUAUUUUUGUUAAUGAAUUCAGAAGAUUUGAUUUGGAGUAACGUCAACACUGUUGUAGACAUUGGA